CAUUUAUCUAAUCGGUUCCUCGCAACAAGGUCGAGCCGGAGGAGUGUGAGACUUGACACUUGUCGGUGGCGAUGAGUUUCGCCUCAUGUCAGAAACGUGGCUCGGCGUCCGACGUGCCGUGAAUUUCAGGCGGUUUCCUCGUAUCUGUGCCAUAUCUAAAUGUUGUCGCGGAGUCCACCAGCCGUUUCACUGUUACUGAGUUGUUGGGGGUUUUUUUUGCGUUGUUAGGAGCUCAGCCAGCUGCGGCGGAGGAGGCUAGCUGAGCUCGGUUACCUGCUAAGGAUGAGCUCCGCACCGAAUCACCGUGACGCUACAGAGACAGCAGGGCAGCCCAGAAAACACGUCUCCGUCGCCGGACACGUCCAGCAGGUCUUCAGCCAUGUGAAAAUAGAAAACCUGGUGGCGGGACUGAGCGGUGGUGUGGUGUCCACUCUGGUGCUUCACCCUCUGGACCUGGUGAAGACCAGGUUUGCAGUGAGUGACGGACUGGAGUUGAGGCCCAAGUACAGCGGUAUUCUUCACUGUAUGAAGAGUGUGUGGCAUCAGGAGGGAGUGAGGGGUCUGUACCAAGGGGUGACCCCCAACAUCUGGGGCGCGGGCUUGUCCUGGGGCCUCUACUUCUUCUUCUACAAUGCAAUCAAAGGCUACACUAAGGAAGGCCGUCAGGCUGAACUGAGCCCAGCAGAGCACCUGGUUUCAGCGGCUGAAGCAGGCAUCCUCACUCUCACCAUAACCAACCCGAUCUGGGUCACCAAGACCCGACUGGUUCUGCAGUACAGCGCCGACCCCACCAGUAAGCAGUAUAAGGGGAUGGUGGACGCCCUGGUUAAGAUCUACCGCCACGAGGGCCUGCCAGGACUUUACAAAGGUUACGUUCCGGGCCUGUUCGGUACGUCUCACGGAGCCCUGCAGUUCAUGGCCUACGAAGAGCUCAAGAGAGACUACAACAAAUACAAGAAGGUGCCUUCAGAUGCAAAGUUGGAUGCUCUGGAAUACGUCACAAUGGCAGCGCUGUCCAAAAUAUUCGCCGUCGCCACGACGUACCCGUAUCAGGUGGUGAGAGCUCGGCUCCAAGACCAGCACAACAGAUACGGCGGGGUCGUGGACGUCAUCGGACGGACGUGGAGAAACGAAGGAGCUUCGGGCUUCUACAAAGGCGUCGUCCCAAAUUUGAUCCGCGUCACGCCGGCCUGCUGCAUCACUUUUGUGGUUUAUGAGAACGUGUCCCGCUUCCUUCUGGGGACAAAAUGAGAGAGACAGAGAGGACCCGGCAUGGACAGCCACACGGGGCGUCAAGCUCCGGCUGAAACGUUGGAGACAAAGAGGGGAGCGUGUUUUCCCCCCAGAGGCUUUCCUUAAGUACGUGGAGAUGCGUAGAAGUGAGAGGAAAAAUAGUCAAAGCUUCAAAUCAACUAACUCAUUUUCGGUCAAACAUAUUGGAGGCGGAUUGGGGCCACUGAAGUAAAAGAAUUCUGACUUUAAUCUCAGAACUUUGGCUUUUUUUUUUUCUUAGAAUUUUGGAAAAUAAUUUCUCGUAAUUUAGAAUUUUUUUUUUUCUCCCAGAAUUGUGACUUUUUUUUCCUCAAAAUUCUGACUUUUGAACUUAGAAGAUUAAAGUCGGAAUUCUGAGAGGAAAAAUUCAAUCUGAAUUGUGAGAUUAAAGUCAAAACUCUGACUUUUGAACUCAGACGAUUAAAGCCGGAAUUCUAAAGAAAAGUCAGAUUUUUCAGAGAAAAGUCAAAAAUCCUGAGAUUUAAUCCUGAAUUCUGAGUCACUUUUUUUUUCAGUGGCCUCAAUCCUCUUCUGUGAAAACAUGACGGGAAUACGUGUCCGAUUUAAGCGCACAGUUAGUUCGUGGGGAUGUGUUGCUUCAGUUUGUCCCUUUGGAAAUGAUAUAAAUGUGAUACGGUAACUAUUAUUUUCAAACAAGAGGGGCAUAGUGUAACGAUGUGUGGUGAAUUCAGCAUUCUACCACAGAGGGAGUUUUGUUUAUGUUUUCUGGCAACAGAAGGACGAAAAACAAAAGUGUAUUUUUAAAGCUUGAUCAUCAGCAUCAAGAUCUCAGGUCUCCAGUUUUACCUUUAUUAUCAAUUAUCCAUGCAUGAACUGCAGCAUUGAUGAUGCUUCUUCCAUAACGUAAUUUUUUCCUCAUUACACAAACUUAAGUGUGUUGUUUUAUGGCAUUUUGUUAUGAAAUGUGAAGUGCUUUAUUAGUGUGUGAACACAAUAAAUGUUUUAUUUUUGACCUAUUUUA